AUGCUUACGGUUUGGGAAAAAAUUCUCAGUGCAAUUGACAGGAUUAAUAUAAUUUUACAAAAAUCAAAAUUAACAAUUGAUGUAGCUGUCAAACAUCUGCAAAGUCUCCUUAAAAUAUUAGAAAACUUUCGAGAGCAAGGUAUAAAUGAGGCUUUAUUGGAUUCAAAGAAUAAAGCUGAAGUAUUAGGCAUAGAAACGGAAUUUCCAAAAGUCAGAUUACGAAAAAAGAAACUUUUACCCGGAGAAAUUGCAGAUGAGUUUUGUAACAUAAGUGAAGAAAAUAAAUUUUUAAUAAUGAUUAAAAAUGUUAUUGACAAUAUCUUAAUAGGACUACGUCAAAGAUUUAAAUCAAUGGAAAAUAUUGCUCAAGAUUUUUCAUUUUUAGAUCCAACAAUAAUUUAUUCUUGUCCUAUGGAAAACUUGAAAAGAGCGGGAGUCGAUUUAUGCAAUAAAUAUGAAAACGACCUCAACAAAAUUGAAUUCAUUUCAGAACUAGAGAGCUUUAAAGAGCAUGUUUACAACAUAGAUGACGAUUUAAAAAGAGCAACAUUUUUUUGA